GAAGAAGUGCAAGAGGAAGCUCCAAAUUUUGUAAUCCUCUUGAAAGACAUGACAGUCAAUGAGUCCUCUGUUCUGAAACUAGAAGUUGAAGUCACUGGUAUACCAGCUCCAGAAAUUACCUGGCAUUUUGAAGAUGAAGAGAUCAUUGCUGAGGAUGAUAUAGAGCUGAUCACUGAACAAUACAAGUCUACUCUGAUUAUCAAUAAAGUUCUCCCUGAAGAUGAGGGUGAAUACAGAGUGGAGGCUGUAAAUAAGGUUGGAAGCUGCUCCUGUGUUGCCUACAUCACAGUC